UCUAAAUUGGACACCGAAAUAAUCUUUUCCAUCAUUUCAGCUAAAAACCAUGAACUUAUCAUCUUUCAAUCUAACUUCCUUACUCAUCUUUCUUGUUCCAUCUUUAAUUUGUCUAAUCCUCAAACAAAUCAAAUUCACCUUCUUGAAAAACCAAAAUCUUCCACCUUCACCAUUCCAAUGGCCACUGAUAGGAAACAUACCAAAUUUUGUCACAGGGAAAAAACCCCAUGUCAUAGUUACAAAAAUAGCUCAAAAUCUUGGCCCUUUAAUCUCUUUAAAAUUAGGUAAACAACUUGUAGUCAUAGGGUCUUCACCAGAAUCUGCUAUUGAAAUCCUAAAAACUCAUGAUAAAAAACUCUCCGCUCGUUAUGCACCAAAAGCAACACCAAUUAAAGAAUGUGAUCUUAAGAGAUAUUCACUUCUUUGGUCAACCGAGUGUAAUAGUCACUGGAAAUCUAUAAGGGUGUUAUGGAGGACUCAGCUUUUUUCUAAUAAAGCAAUGGAAUUAUUUGCUAACAAAAGGGAAAAAGGGGUUCUUGAUAUGGUGGAUCUUUUGGUAUUUAAACACGGUAAAGUUGUGAAAAUUGGGAACCUUGUUUUUAGUGUUGUUUUUAAUGUAUUGGGGAAUAUUUGUUUUUCAAGGGAUAUGGUUAAGUUGGAUGACGAGAGAGGUUCAAGUGAUAUGAAAGGGAACAUUUGGAAGUUUAUGGAGUGUGGGACAACUCCAAUUUUAGCUGAUUUUUUUCCAAUUUUUGAUGGGAUUGACAUUCAAGGUCAAAAGAAAAAGGCAAAGAAGUGUCUUGAUAAUUUGUUUAAGGUUUGGGAAGGAAUAAUAAAAAAGAGAAGAGAAGAACAACAUUGCAAUGAAUCUGAUGUCAAGAAACAUGGGGACUUCUUGGAUUUAAUGCUUGCUAAUGGAUUUUCUGAUGAUCAAAUCAAUUACAUGCUCCUGGAAAUAUUUCCAGCAGGGACAGGGACUUUGACAUCCACAAUUGAGUGGGCAAUGGCUGAGCUCCUUAGGAACAAAGAAGUGCUGAAUAAACUCUAUUCUGGGCUUAAAAAAGUAAUAAACUCAAACCCCAUUCAAGAAUCAACAAUCUUUCAACUCCCUUAUCUAAAUGCUUGCAUUAAAGAAGUCUUAAGGCUGCAUCCACCAAUAGCAUUUCUACCUCACUACGCAAGUGAAACAUGCCAAGUUAUGCACUACACAAUUCCAAAAGAUUCUCUAGUUUUUGUGAAUCUUUGGGCAAUUGGGCAUGACCCAAAGAUUUGGGAUGAUCCAUUUUCAUUCAAGCCAGAAAGAUUUCUCAACUCAAAUCUUGACUUUAAGGGCCAAGAUUUUGAAUUCUUGCCAUUUGGUGCUGGAAGGAGAAUGUGCCCCGGCUUGCCCUUUGCUACAAAGCAAGUGCAUUUGAUUUUGGCUUGUUUGGUUUAUCAUUUUGAGUGGUCUCUUCCAAAUGAUGGUGAUCCAUUGAUGCUUGACAUGAAUGAAAAAUAUGCUGUGCCAUUGCAGAGAGAAAAGCCUCUGCUACUUGUUCCUACUAGGAGAUGAUGACUAGUGUAUACUGUUUUAUUUUCUAUUUUCUAUGUUUUUACGGUGAAUAAAUAAAUGGUUGAUUGAAUUUUAUGUGGAAGUGGUCUAUCAAAAGCAAAAAAUAA